UGGAGCACAUGCGCACAGUGAAAGUUGACAAGCACCAGCGAUUUUGCCAGGAAAACAAUUUCAGUAGUCAUUUUGUGUCGGCCAAGACAGGAGAUUCUGUCUUCCUGUGUUUUCAGAGAAUUGCUGCUGACAUACUUGGCAUCAAAUUAAACAAAGCAGAAUUGGAACAAUCACAGAGGGUGGUGAAGGCAGAUAUUGUCAACUACAGUCAGGAGCCUGUGACAAGAACCGUUAAUCCUCCUAGAAGCUCAAUGUGUGCAGUUCAAUGACCACGCUGUUCUUCUCUGUCUUGAUACCUUUGUCAGUGCUCCUACCUUGACGCAGUCUCUGGGAUUACCAGGAACUUUGUUUUAACAGUGACCAUCACAACAAUGCAAUUAGAGGUUUCAAAAACUUGUUGCAGCGUUGUACAUUGAAAAGCAGCAGGCAGUUUUUUGACUGGCUGAAAUUCAAACAUGAGACCACACACUUUGAAAAAUUAAGAUCUAUAUUCUUUUAAAUUAUAUUUAAAUAAAGCAGUAUACCUGUGUUUAUAUGUUUCUUCCUAUCUAUUUGACUGAUACUGGAAUAAAAAUGGAUUAAGAAGUACUGCAUUCAAAAUACUUUUAA